UGGAGCUUCCGCAGAAUUGAGUCGCCUGUGCCCUCCUCCUCUUCUCCAGGUCCACGCGCUCUUGGAGCGUGCGUCCCCGUUGCCAUGGAGACCGGGGGAUGCUCAAGCGCCCGCUAAAGCGUCCUCUCGGUCCAUGGCCACGCUGGCCCGGCUGCAGGCGCGGGCCCGGAGCCUGGGCCGCCAGUACUAUUACAGGAGCAGUGUUGUGGAUGCAUAUAGAAAAAAAGAAAAUGAUGCGGCAGUUAAAAUUCAAAGUUGGUUCAGAGGAUGUAGAGUCCGAGCAUAUAUCAGGUAUUUACACAAAAUGGCAACAACUAUUCAAAAAUGGUGGAGAGGUUACUUGGGCAGACGAGUGUAUCAAAUGAAAGUAAAGGAAGCGUGUUUUAAUAUGAAGAUGGAUCUCUACAAUGCAAUGGCUGUCAGGAUUCAGAGACGAUGGCGAGGCUACAGGAUCCGGAAGUACUGCUUUAAUUAUUAUUAUUUGAAGGAGUACCUGAGAGCUGUUUCAGAGACCAAUGAAGCAAUAAGAGAGGCACUUGCAGAGUUUGCAGAGAUGAAGGCCAGAGAAGAGAAGAAGGCCAGGCUCGAACAAGAAGAGAAGAAACAAGCGUACCUGGCCCGCAAGAUGCAUUACCUGCUCAGCACCAACCAGAUCCCAGGGAUAUAUAAUUCCCCCUUCAGAAGCAAGCCAGACCCUUGGGAGCUACGCUUGCAGAAAGCCAAGCCCCUCUCACACCCGCCAAGACCUCCGGAGCCCAAGGGGUUAAAUGACUGGCUGGCUUGCACAAGCACCCGCUCUUUCCCACGCUCACCCAUCCUGCCACCCAUCAACAGGAAAAAGUGCCAGGGGCCCUUCCGUGAUAUUUCUGAAGUCCUACAGCAACGGUACAAGCCCUUAGAGCCCAGCGUGCAGGGGACCGGGCCCCUCUGGGACAUGAAGGAGGCCCGAAAGGAGCUCCGAACACUGGAGAACAGCCUCAACGUUCAAGACCAGGCGUUUUUGCCAUUUACUAACUAUCAUAAAAACAAGACGUACCUCCCAAUGAUUCACACUUCAAGCAACUAUGGUCCUAACUUAUAUGGGUAUCAGACAUUCAGAGAUAAAAAUCCUGACAAAUGGAUCUGUAACAAGGAUUUCCAAACCGUGCUCCAAUCAUUUGAGCUCUUCUCCAACAUUGGCAAACUGUAUUCAAGGGCUGGAUCCAUUAUAUAA